CCGACCUCAUAACAAAAUCACCAACGACUGCCGCCCGCCGUCGACAAUAAAACAAGAACAAUGAAACCACCACCCUCGCCCCCGCCAAGUCUUCUCCUCUUCAUCCUCCUCCUCCUCCUCCUCCUCCUCACAGUUACAGUAUUCUCCCAACCCGAACCCUCCCCUGACCCGGUCGGCGAGUUCAAGGGGAAAAGACUCCCCACCAACGAGUGGAAGGGGGAAUGGGAGCUGUUCACGGACAACUCCGGCGUGUCGGCGAUGCACGCGAUCGUGAUCCCCAACGUGAACAAGGUUUUGAUGUACGACGCCACCAUAUGGCGGAUUUCAAGGAUCGAGUUGCCCAAAGGACGGUGCCGGGUUCUGAACACCACCACCGGCGAGGAGGAUUGCUUUGCUCACUCCGUUUUGAUGGACAUCGACACCGCUCACCUGACUCCCCUCGAGCUUCACACGGACACGUGGUGCUCAUCGGGAGGCCUAACAUUUCACGGGAACCUGAUCAGCACCGGCGGGUUCCAAGGCGGCGCCAACACGGUCCGGUACCUCAAAAUCUACAACACCUCCACGUGGCGCGAAUUCCCCAGCGCUUUAUCCUCCCCGCGCUGGUACUCAACCCAGGCCCAGCUCGCCGACGGCCGAAUCAUCAUCAUCGGCGGCCGAUCCACCCCAACCUACGAGUACAUCCCUCCGGACGGCAAGUCCAACGCCAAGCCCUUCUUCUUCGACUUCCUCCAGCAGACGACGGAUCCAGAAGAGAACAACCUCUAUCCUUUUGUCUUCCUCUCCCCCGAUAGCAACGUCUUCGUCUUUGCCAACAACAGGUCGGUGCUCCUCAACCCGGACACCAACACGGUGGUGAAGGAGUUCCCCGUGCUCCCCGGCGGCCACCGUAACUACCCGGCCAGCGGGAUGGCGGUGCUGCUCCCGCUGGAGGUGUUGUCGCCGGAGGCCGAUGCUGUCGUGGAGGCUGAGGUGCUUGUUUGCGGUGGUUCCGCUCAUAUCGACUCGUACACACUGGGUUUGAAGAAUGUGUUCUACGAGGCGCUUCGGGAUUGUGGCAGGUUGCAGAUUACCAAGCCCAGGCCGAGUUGGCGUCGGGAGGUCAUGCCAAGUGCUAGGGUCAUGGGUGAUAUGGUAAUCCUGCCGACCGGAGAAGUUCUGAUGAUAAACGGGGCAACAAGAGGCGCCUCCGGCUGGGGAAACGCCCGGGAACCCAACCUCAAACCACUCCUCUUCAACCACAAGGCGCCCAACAAGCACCGCCUCUUCAAAGAACUCAACCCAACCACCAUCCCGAGAAUGUACCACUCCACCGCCGUCGUCCUCCCCGACAACCGCGUACUCGUCGCCGGCAGCAACACCAACAAUGGCUACAUCUACGACAACACCACGUUCCCCACCGAGCUCCGCGUCGAGAAGUUCUCCCCUCCUUACUUCUCCCCUUCCCGGGCCCACAAGAAGCCCAAGAUCAUCAACGGCGGCUGCCCCAAAACGGUGUCAUACGGCCAGGACCUCACCGUCAAAGUCAACCUGAACGAAAAGAGGAUCUUCCUGACCAACUUCAUGGUCACCAUGUACGUGCCGGCGUUUACGACUCACGGCGUGGCGAUGAACCAGAGGCUGGUGAAGUUGUUGUUGAAGGACGCCGUCAAAGUCGGGGAAGGGAGGUAUGACGUGUCGUGCGUGGCGCCGCCGAACAGUGCGGUGGCGCCGGAGGGUUACUUCAUGCUUAGCGUCGUCCACCGUCGGAUCCCCAGUGAAGCCGUUUGGGUGCAGCUCAAGUGAAAGGAAAAAUAAUCCUGAUGAAUUAAUUAGUUGCAAACAACACCGAAAAAUUACUGGUGUACGUAGUUAAUGGGAUUUUAUUGUAGGUGUGACGAGAAAGAUUGUAUUCAUUAAUUCAUCGCCCCCUGCCACGUUGUUGAUCGCGAAUUUGUAGUGGAGAUUUAGUUGUUGUAGUGGUGAAUGGUGUAACGACUGUGAUUGUACGUAUGUAGGUGCAAUUUUAAAGGCUGCUUAAUUGGCUGUGGAGCACAACUGACAUUAAUAGGUAGGAUGGAAAAACAACAAAGUUUUUUUUUUUUU